CUCUUUUUUAAGUGGCUAAUUUUAAAUUUUUUAACUUAUCGUAGCAAAUUGUGCCACUUUCUGUAUCUUAUCAUUGAGAAAAACAUUUUUUUUCCUGCAAAAUAUUUACUUAACAUAAUUUAUAGUUGUGUGUUAGCAUAGAUAAAUAAGAAUUUAGAAAUCCAAAUGAUUGUAAAACAUAGAAUCUGGUGCAAAAAAAAAAAAAUGACUAAGCCAAUACACCAGCUAGCACUCAAGAUAUGGAGUCAGCCUAAAUGUUUUCAAACUUUAUGAAGUUAAUAGAUAUUAAGAGUUAAUCAUAUUAUGCCAUACAUGCUGUCCAUUAAAAAACACAAAACUCAGUAUAAUAAACCUGUCAUUCCCCUUUAGGUACACUAUUUUUUGGUACAUUUUUGUAGAAUUUUAUAUACCUUAUUACUUAAAUUUUUAUAAGCUAAAUAAAUAGAAUCAGUUUUUUAUCUUAGUAUACAUUAAAAACUUUUUCAGUGAACAUGACUUGUUAAAACAAGAGUUUUUCGAAUACUCUGGAUUUUAUGGUGUGAUAGGCGCAAUCGAUUGCACCCACAUUGCAAUAAUUGCUCCUAAAGAUGACGAAGCUCACAGGGAACAGAACUAUGUGAAUCGGAAAAAUUUUCCAUUCACUUAAUGUUCAACUUGUAAGACAUAUUUUUUUAAAAAAUUAUUUCUUGUUCAAGUCUAUCUUUAGCUUGUAUCUGUUAUUUAAGUUCAUUUACAGUCAAUUUGUAAUGUGUACAUGUUCUCAUCAAAUAUAAUAACCAUUAAUGUAAUACAACUUCAAUAUUUAUAGGUUGUUGAUAUGCAGCAAAACAUUUUGAAUAUUUCUGCAAGAUUCCCUGGCAGCAGUCAUGACUCGUACGUUUGGAAAUCGAGUGAACUACCUAAUUGUUGUCUAUUGUUUAUUCGAAUAGGAGAUUCUGGAUAUCCUCUUGAGCCAUGGCUGCUAACUCCCAUCAGUGGGGACAACUUUUCUUCCUCUGAGGAAGAGUACAAUAGGAGGCACGUUUCUUUCAGGGAUACUGUUAAACAAUGCAAUGGAACACUGAAAAGUAGAUUUCGGUGCCUUUUGAACAUGGGUGCAAGUCUUCCGUCCACAGGACGGAUUUCCGUCUUUCGAAAAUGUCCGCGGACGGAAGUAAGACGGAAACAAAACUGACUCGAAGACGAAAAUCGGAAUUUUUUUUUUCUGUCCGUAAAAAUAUUUUUAGGUCUACGUUAUUGGUCUACUUUCUUCUGUCCUGUUGUUAUUUUAUCAAAAGACAGAUGCAUAAAUAUUUUUUGUACAGUAUUUAAUGAUGUAUUAUGGUAAAGCUUUCUUAGUUUGCAUAAGUCGAGGGGAUAUUGUGUAUGUUAGGUAUUUCAGUCAAAAAAUUUUCAGUCUUGGCCUUUUUUCCAACUUGCACCCAUGCUUUUGAAGCACAGAGUGCUAAAUUACUCAUCAGAAACUGCAGCAAAAAUCAUAAAUGCCUGUGCUGUGUUGCACAAUAUGUGCAUCAAAGAGAAUGUAUUCUUGGAAAAAAUAAGUAUCUGCGGAGCCGAUGUGCCUUUUGACACAGGAGUUCCCUUCAAUCCAGGGCAACGGGAAGGUAAUGUGAGAGAAAAAGUUGUACGUAUGUUUGCUGUUUAAUUGCUUUUUAAAAUUUCUCACAAAAAAUUAAAAAAAAAAAAAACUUAAGCACGCCAGAGCUAUUUUAUAUAGUACUGCCAAUCCUAAGCCUGGAAAAAGUGUGAAGGGAAGUUAGUGCAUAAAUAAUCAUUUAAACUAGUUUUUAAACACUUUCCAACUAUCUGAACCACGUUCGGCUCCAAGCAGUUUGGAUAACCGGCACUCUACUGUACAUAGUAUACAUUUUUUUAAAAUUUCUUGACAAGUAUUUAAAGGAUUAGUUCAAAACUUUAGAGGUACUUAGUUCAUGCGAUAUUUCAGAGUGAGCAAUAAAGUUUAGAGUUUUCAAAGGUUUCAGGAACCGGCAACAAAUUACAAAAAAAAAAAACAAGUACUUUUGUACACUAUAUGCCAGCAAAUAACUUUAUCUUAAUUAUCUGACAUUUUAAGUUUAAUGUUUACUUUUCCAUCUACGAUGAAAUACCAGUUUUGCAUUUGUUUUUAGCCACCUUUUUUGUCGCCAGAUAUAAUGUCAUUUGUUGUGAUUUAAGUUGUUGUACUGUAAUGUAACUGAUUUAUUCUUGAUCAACUUGUUUAUAUUAUUUUCUCUUUUAUGUCAUUAUCCAGAAAUAAAAGAUCAGAAUCUUUAUAAAUAAAGAUUUUGUGCUUGUUAUGAAAAUUUUUUUUUUUUUUUUCAAAUUAAAUGUUUUUUCUCAAAUUUAAUGUUUUGCCCUUAUUGCUAUCUAUUAAAAGAAGGAGCUUUUCUGCGGGUUUAGUGUUUUUUUAAAAUGAGGCUCUCCCUCUGUAAACUUUACAGGGAGUCAAAAAUUGGAGCAUUAUCUUAAACACUACUUUAAAUUGGGAUAUCCUCUCCGACCCGAAAGAUAACUAUUGUACUAUUCAAGACAGCACCCCCCCCCCUAAGAACACGCCUGUUAUUAAUGAUGGUGAGUCGCAGAGAGAGAGCAAGAACUCCGAAAAAGUUUAGGGGUUACACAAUGAGAUUGUCAUUGGCGUAUUUUAGUACCUUCGAAUCCUGCUAAAAUUCUUGAAGACUAGAAACUCGUCAAUUCUCUCAAAAGAAGUUGCAUAGUAGUGUAUAAGAAGUAUUUUAAAUUAAGCUAUGCACUAGUCAUUUUUCAUGUUAUUACUGAAAUAAACUUUUUAUGGACUUUUUUUGUGUUCUGAAAGUAUUAAUACAAAAAAGUCGCUAAUAUUGAAUCGAAAUGGAAAAAAAUUUGAACGAAGUUAAGAAUGUUUCUUUCCUGAGAUUGUAGCAUACACACUCAUAUAUUUGCGAGAAUUGAACUUUUAUCAAUCUGAAUCUAAAAAUAAAAUAAUAACGAAAAAUUAAAAUAAACACCAAAAAAUUUCU